CAAAAUCGCCGCAAAAAUCGCUAGUGUAAACGGGGCUUUACUUGCAAAUAAUCUAAUUGAAGUAAAAUAAUUUAAAUAAUAAUAAUAAUAAUUUAAUUUAAUUUAAAUAAUUUAAUUGAGUUCAAUUGAAAUAACGGCUCUGGGAACGAGAUUGUUACAACACUUGCUGGCAUGGUAUGAAAUGAUUCCGACUCCCCUUAGUUACCGUUGCUAUGUCCCACAAGCUUAACAAAUUAACUGGAAUAUAUCUCAGAACUUAAAACUCUGAUCGCGGAAAAUUGAUUAUACAUUUUUUCAAUAGUUUACUGUCUUGAGAAUAGAAUGGAAAAUUUUUUUGUAAUCCUUGUAGUACUCUCUAAAACAGACACAAAACUGAUGCAACGGUGAUUUUGUUAUAUAUUCCCCCGCCUCAUCAUAAGCACUCUUUGAUCCUCUAUUUUUAGAAUCAUUAAUUUGACCGUUUGUUUUUCUGCGCGCGCGCACUGCGUUAUUCGCUCAUGUUUUCUCGUGUUUUACAAAAACGUGAGCAAAAAGUGUAUGCACGGGCAGAAAAACGUGAUUCUAAAAACCUACACUUACUGUGUUAUCCAUAUUAAAAGAUGGAUUAAAUUUAGAAAACAUGAUUAAUAUCGUAAUUAACACCAACUUCGUAGUUUACUAAUCAGUCGGGAGCAAUUAGUUGGGAGAUUUAAUAUUAGGCUAAAACGAAAAUCGAAACUAUAUAUCGGUUAGUUCACUAAAUAAAUAACGUAUGCGUUUCAUUUGAGAGUCUCCGUAUUGUAUGAGGGGUUAUAGGUGCACUUUAAGCGGUUCGAUGAUGGUUUAAGGGGUUUGGAAGAACCCCCCUAGAUUCGCCCCUGAAAAUGUAGUAUGACCAAUAUUGUUGCUGUUAAUUUAUUUUGGACUUGUGCAUGCGUCAAUCAAAGAAGCAACAAAUGUGCAACUUCUAGAGGUCAAAAUAUUCAUUUCAAGAACAUGAUUUAUUCAUUCUUUCAAGACCUCUGCUGUAGUUACUUCGUACUCCAGUUGUUCUUGCAAGGUAAGGUCCGAUCGAUUGAGGUGGAGUCUCGUCCAGAUUGGACUAAAAAAAAAACAAACUCCAGUAAGCUAGAUUUGAAUAGGUUUGCUAUUGGUGAGAAAAAUGACAACCACGAGUACCUCUACGGUGGAGAAUUCUGCAGAAACGCAGAUCCCUGCUCGAAGUCUUUCCGAGAUGGCGCGCAACGAACGCGUAAAGAGGAGCAGCACGAGUGCUAUGAACACCGCACAGACAGGUACACGUGGAGGAAAUAUUGUCAAAAAUAAAAGAACCCGUUACAGCACUUAUCAAACAGAAACUCUGAAGAAGAUCUUCGAAACAACACAGUACCCAGAUUUCGAACAGCUAGCUGCUAUUUCACGGGAGUUGGCGCUUGAUAAAGAGGUUGUCAAGAUCUGGUUUAAGAAUCGAAGAGCUCGUCAAAAGAGCAAAGAGCAAGAAGAUGCAUGCAGGCAUUUUCUUGAGAGAGAAAGCAGCAGCCUACCAGCCCAUUUUCGCUGCCCUAUGCCAAUCUGUUACUUCCCAAUGUAUCCUGUAGCUCCAUCACCAUGGCAACCCAUGAUGAAUUACCAUGGUAACACCGCCUUCGGCUUAUACAAUAGACCGACAAGCAUCUUUGAAGGCCCGUUCAAUGCCAACCCGUACCAAAAUAGGCUGAACGCUGCGGCUGUUGAAGAGCAUCGAUCAAAUGAAYCAGUCGUCCAAAGAGAAUUUGAUCCACGAUCAUCACACUAAAAACAUUUCCCCAAAUAUCCCUCCAAACUGCUCUGACUGCAUGGCGCAUUUCCUAAACAUUGCUCAGUUCGUCCGUCACACAAGCUUGUCUCAUUCGACUUCUCGCGUACUAGCGUUGAUUUGGAAGAGCUGACUUGUGGACAACGUGCUCCCCGCCUGCGUCGUGCGUGUCGAGUAUACCAUACUGCAAAUUCCA